UACGAAAAGCCCGAGACCAAACCGGCUACAUCGGAGUACGAAAAGCCCGAGACCAAACCGGCUACAUCGGAGUACGAAAAGCCCGAGACCAAACCGGCAACAUCGGAUUACGAAAAGCCCGAGACCAAACCGGCAACAUCGGAUUACGAAAAGCCCGAGACCAAACCGGCAACAUCAGAGUACGAAAAGCCCGAGACCGUCAAAGAAUACAAGAGAGAUCACAAAAAGCAUCAUGAUUAUAACAAGCAUUAUUAG